AUGGACAGCAGUGACGACGAUUUAGUACCGAUUUCGAUGCUGCGGACAAAGAAACAAAAGUCGCCUACAUCCAAUGGGAUGUCUCUUUCGUCCAUGAACAACACGGCGUGCGUGAUAAAACAGGAGACAUCGCGUAUGAUCGACGAGGAUUUGGACGAUGUACCGCUAGUACAAUUAAAGAAAAAGGCUUUAGCUAACAAGAAGACGGUAAAUAGCAAUCGAGUGACUGCAGACAAGAAGAAGGUGGCAAUAAAGAGAGAAACGGGUGUCAAGAGGAAGGCUUUACCGUCGUCGUCAUCCUCUGUGAAGAGCAGGAAAAUUAAGGUCAAUACUUCAGUAUCCAAUGGGAAAGAUAAGGUGAAGAGAGAAAAGGGAGUGAAUGUUCGUAAACUUAAGGUCCACUCCAAGAGCGAACGGCUGGAUAUGGCCAUUAAGGCUUUUCGUUGGUGGAAUGCUGAGGAGCUGCCAGAGGGUAUCCAGUGGCGCACGUUAGAACACAAUGGCGUCAUGUUUCCGCCUCCGUAUACACCUCACCAUGUGCCACUAGUGUACAAUGGGAAGAAGAUUGAGCUGACUCCCACUCAAGAGGAAGCCGCUAGCUUUUAUGCGGCUAUCCCGAAGGAUGGCCCGCAACUAGGCAAUCCAAAGACAGCCAAGAUCUUUAACAAGAAUUUCUUUGCAGGCUUCAGGAAAAUACUUGGCAAACAACAUGAAAUUAAGAGCUUUGACGCGUGUGACUUUUCUCUCAUUGCUACAUACCUGGAGAAGCAGCGCGAGGAGAAGAAAAACAUGACGAAGGAGGAAAAACUGCCGGAUAAGGAAAAGCGCGAGAUGGAGCUGUUUACUAAUGGCUUUGCUUUUGUCGAUGGUCACUUGGAAAAGGUCGGUAACUUUCGCAUCGAGCCACCCGGUCUAUUCCGCGGACGUGGCGAACAUCCGAAGACUGGCACACUAAAGGAGCGCGUGAUGCCAGAAGACGUGACAGUCAAUGUGGGCAUCUCAGAUCGGGUUCCUAUUUGCAACGUGCCGGGUCACGCUUGGAAACAAGUGAUUCAUCGUGAUACCGUUUCGUGGCUUGCCUAUUGGAACGAAAACGUCAUGGGAGGCAUUAAGUACGUAUUCUUUGCAGCUAGCUCAAGUUUCAAGGGGAAGUCGGACUUGGCCAAGUAUGAUAAGGCUCGGCGACUGAAGAAGAGUAUCGAUAAAAUUCGACGGGACUAUACAAAGGGCUUACGCGCCAAGGACAUGUUCACCAAACAGCGUUCAACUGCUAUGUGGGUGAUCGAUGUUCUAGCACUGCGUGUGGGAAAUGAAAAAGGCGAGGACGAGGCUGAUACAGUCGGUUGCUGUAGUCUUCGGGUGGAGCACAUGUCCUUUAAUGACGAGAACUGCGCUCUCACGCUGUCGUUCCUCGGUAAAGACUCGAUGCCCUACAACAAUACCGUUGAACUAGCGCAAUACGGUGACGUCGGCAAGCUUGUGUAUCAUAACUUACAGAAGUUCUGUGUCAAGAAGGGUAAAAAUGAGGAAGUUUUCCACGAGCUAUCGGUCACAGAGCUGAACAAGCACUUGGGCUCACUAAUGCCUGGCCUUAGCGCAAAGGUGUUUCGUACAUUCAAUGCGUCGGUCACGCUGGAGAAAGAGCUUCCUGGACCGUCAGGACAAGAGCUAGAUCCGAAGGGAAAGAUGGAAGUAGCCCCAAAGGUUGUGCUCUACAAUGAUGCGAACCGGAAGGUCGCCAUUCUGUGUAAUCACCAGCGCACAGCGCCAAAGUCGUUUGACACUACGCUGGACAAGAUGAACGCGCAGCUUGAUCAGCUAAAGGACCAAUUGAAAGAUCUUAAGCAGAUGCAAACGCUGAUUUCAAAGGGCAAGUCCAGCAGUAUCAAGUUAAAGAAGGAGAAGACUGCAUCCGACAGCAAAGAGGAAGACGCUCUUGCUAAAAAAGCUCAGGCUCACCUUUUUCAGCGCGCGCCCUCGGCGGACCAAGUUGCUAAGAAGAUUGAAAACUGGAAGAAGAAAAUCAAGGCUUUGUCUCUCCGUCUUCAGGAUAAGACGGACAACAAGGAGGUUGCGCUGGGUACGUCCAAGCUUAACUACAUGGACCCGCGCAUCACGGUCGCAUGGUGCAAAAGGAACGAAGUCCCGAUUUCAGCAGUGUUCUCCAAGACGCUACGGGAAAAGUUUGUGUGGGCCAUGGACGUGGACCCUGACUGGAAGUUUUGA